CAUAAAAAAAAUGUCGAUGGAUGCUCCUUUUGGCUUGCCCGAUCAAUAUGGUAAGCAUAUCCUGAUCAUAGAAAAUCCUACAAAUGGAAGAAGCACGUGCACCGAAACUUGUGAUGCCAGCAUUGAAGACAACAAGAUAUCUUCAGAUCAGAAAAAGAUCACUGAAAUCCAUGAAAGUCCUUCGUUCACUGUUUUUGGAUCGAAUUUCGUAGGCUUAAGCCUCGUUCCCGAAAGGAGUAAUAGGGUUUCUGGCGGGGAUGGAGAGUACUACCAGCACUCCAAUUUACUGCGCAAUCCACUGGUUGUGAGGAGUGGUCAGAUUCUGGAUCAGGAAGAGUGCGUGUCCAGCUGCCCAUAUCGCGGGAAGUAUCAGGGUCAAAAUAGUCAACAGCAGGACACAGGUCAAUAUUAUGGCCAAAAUUACCAGCGAACAGGACACGCACCGUGCCAGACGGGCUACUAUGACAACAGUCCAAUCCAGCCAUGUUAUGCACAGCAAGGACAUCAAAGGACCCAAUCUCAACCCAACGAUAGCAGUGGCAGUGAUUGUGGCUGCGACCCAUUGCCAGGCAAAAGGGCCUACCGAACACCCUCCUCGCACUAUAUGGAGUUCAGGGAAUUCCAGCAACCGCCCAAAAAGAAUCCUAUCCUGGACAGCCCGCAAUACCAGCGGACAAAUCGGUUGGAGAGAAACACGUCCGAUUGCAGCUGUGGAUCGGACUCGUUGCACGAAAGGCAGCCAGUUCAGAGAAGUAAGCGGCUGCAGAGAAAAGGCUCGGUUUGCAGUUGUGAGUUGGACACUUCGCCAGGAAGGCAGCAGGUGAAGAGGACCAAUCGGAAGCAGCACAAGGAUUCCGAUUGUUGCUAUUUGCCUGGAUCCUCGCCAGGAAGGCAGCGCGUGCAGACGUCAAAUCGGCCAAGUAAAAGUGGUUGCCUGAAGAAACCCACACCUGCAGCUCAAACUUGCACUGUUCAUUGUCAUGCCCAAUCGCACGUUCAUAGAACUGCUCCUCCACCUCCACCUGCCCCAAAGCGAAAGUGCCCCGGUGCUGCACCACCACCCACUUCCAGAAAACCCACGCCCAGAUCAAGGUCAACGAAUUCCACAAAAAGAGCCAGCAAUAAAAGAUACACCGCCUGCAAUGACAGGGACUACAAUCGAUAUUCCGAUGGGGAUUACAUGGAGCGAAGUCAGGUCCGGAAUGAGGUCCACAGAAAUCCUCUAGUGCAAUAUCGGUCAAGCUACGAUGAAAAUUAUAUGCUUCAGGAGAGCUACAGCGCGGAGUAUGUGCAGCGUCCGAGUUGCAGUAAGCCCAGCACGGAGAAUCGGAGUGGCUCUCGAAAAGGACCUCCAAUCUGCUCCAACGAAACCCUAAUGGAAAAACCAGUUAAGAGCUAUCGUUUCAGUUGUCCAGAGAACGGAAAAUGUGCGUCCUGUCGAAAACUCUGUCCUAAGUGCAACAAGAUGAAGCCCCAAAAGCAGAAAAGUGCGUUUGCGAAGAGAUGUGUCACUUCGAUGGCAGAGAAAUGCUGCCCCAUGUGCGGACUACUACCCAUGAUGCCAAAUAUUUCAAUUCCGGAAAUCGCCAGCAGUAACCGCAUUAUCUACAAGACCCUGGGGCGAUGUCGGCCUAGGAAAGUACCUAAGACUAGAUACGAGUUGACCAUUUGCUGCAAGAAGCGUUGUCAGGGCGGCAGGAACUCCCACUACAUGACGGGCACUAUUGCUACGGGUCUGAAAAGAAGGGCCAAGGCGGUGUUGCCUGGAGGUAAUCAGGUAGCGCCUUCAAGGAUGUCGACCCACCGACAGGGUCUCAGACAACCAUUUGCGUCAGUUCAGAAUGAGACGAGUCACUUACAGCCCACAGGACACACAAGAAGCCCGAGCAGAGCAGCUCAUUCCUAUGUGAGCCAGGAGCGGUCAAGUCCAUCUGGUCAGCCCCGAGAAAGACCAGCUGCUGGAAAUUUAGUGCAAAAGUCGGAAAGAAGGCAGAGUGAAAGGGAAUCAACUCCUGCAAACGCUCCUCAACAUAGAACUAGGGCCUUAUCGCCAAUUGCAGAGAUCCAUCAUCAUAGAGGCUCCUUCGAUCCCAAGGAACAUUCACAACCAGCACAUACGUAUAGAUCUCAGCCUGAACCAGAAGCAUCUUCCUAUAGAUCUAAACCAGAACCAGCAGCACCUUCCAACAUAUCUCGAUCUGGACCAGCAUCUUCCAAUAAGCCUGAUCCAUCAGAUCUACCACCAGCUUAUUUAGCUCCUGCCUCAUUGGAGCCAGAAAUAAUGGAGCCAAAUCGUAGGGCAGCUUCCUACUUGGGCACCGAGGUCAAUCCCUUCUACAGAGGAAGUUUCCUCAAGGUGCGUUGCCCACGGGACUCGCCUCCGACUCUUCUGAGUCCCAUUCACCAAAGAGGCGAGAAGACCACGGAGCUGCCUAAACCACCAAGAAGUCCGGGCAUUGUCUUACCCGUGAAGUACACCAGAUUGAGCCAGUUGCAGGCCUGGGUGUUUGGAGAUCCCUUUGUGACGGGAAACGAAAAUAUGGGAACCUGGAGCUGGAGACAGAUUUUCGGGCGUAGCAAAAAGCCGAACAAGUCCGCAAAGCCGGUGGAGGCCAAAAAAUAG